AUCGGGGGCUGGGUCUUAGAAAAGUAGCUGAGUCCAGUGAACUCUGCAGUCUGCACCUGCAUUCAUUGAGUGGAGUCAUGGCACCUGUUAGCCUGAGGGACUGUAAGGCUUGGGAGGACGCCGGGCUGUCUCUUUCUACUACAAGCAACGAAGCUUGCAAGCUGUUUGAUGCCUCUCUGACUCAGUAUACUACAUGGACCAAUGACCCCAGUCUCGGAGGAAUCGAUGGAUGUCUCUCCAGAAUAAAAGCUGCAGACCCAAAUUUUGUAAUGGGCCACGUGCUCUCCACCGGUCUGGAGCUGGUUGGCACCGGACGCUCGCCGUUGAUUGACAAGGACCUGGCUGGUGCUAUAAAGACCAUGACCGACCUCUCAAAUUCGCAGCCUUUAACCGAAAGAGAGAAGCUGCACGUAACCGCCGUGGAGACGUUCGCCAAAGGAAACCUCCCCAAAGCUGCCGACCUCUGGGAGCGGAUCCUGGAGACGCAUCCGACUGACGUCCUGGCUAUAAAGUUUGCCCACGAUGCGUAUUUCUAUCUCGGGUAUAGAAUUCAAAUGAGAGAUUCUGUAGCACGAGUUCUUCCGUACUGGACCCCUAAAACCCCUUUAAGUAGUCAUAUCAAGGGCAUGUACUCUUUUGGUCUUCUCGAGACUAACUUCUAUGACCAGGCUCUGAAGGUGGCAAGCGAGGCUUUGGCGGAGGAGCAGAAGGACGCUUGGUCAGCGCACACCAUCGCCCACGUGCACGAGAUGAGGGCCGACGUCGAGAGCGGGCUGUCCUUCAUGCGGGAGACGGAGAAGAACUGGAACGGGAGCGACAUGCUGGCGUGCCACGUGUACUGGCACUGGGCGCUUUAUUUCAUUGAAAAGGGCGAAUACGAGGCAGCCCUGACUUUGUACGACGACCACAUCGCUCCGCCUUGUUGGAGGAGCGGGAGCAUGUUGGAUAUAGUAGAUAACGCAUCCAUGCUGUACCGACUUCAGAUGGAAGGUGUGGAUGUGGGGAGCAGGUGGAACAACCUGGUCCGGGUGACGAAGAAGCACACGGAGGAUCACGUGCUGAUUUUCAACGACCUCCACUUCUUGAUGUCAUCGUUGGGGUCUAAGGAUCACGAGAUGACCACCCAGCUCGUGGACUCGCUACAGACAGCUGCAAAGCGAGUGCCGCCGCCCGGGGACAAUCACCAGCACGCUCUGAUAGACCACCUCGGCCUCCCCCUGUGCCAGGCGCUGAUUGAGUUCGACGGCGGGAAUUACGAUAAAGCGGUCGAGCUGAUGUAUCCCAUACGGUACCAGAUACCGGAUAUAGGAGGGAGUCACGCUCAGAGAGAUCUCUUAAAUCUGGUCCUGAUCCACUCUGCGAUAAACAGCGACUCCAGACGCCAUCGGAAUUUGGCGAGAUGCCUUUUACUGGAGCGAGACGCGCUGAGACCCAACUCGCCGAUGACCGAGAGACUGAUGAGGAAGAUAACCGCCGUUCACAACCUCGCAUAAACCCCUUUCUGUACCCAAACCAUAAAUCACCCCCCCCGCAAACAAAAUCCUGCUGUGAAAUGGUUAAACUGCCGUAGGCGCCGUCUAUAAACAAACGCUAAAUAAAAUCCUCCACCCCCCCCCCGGAAUCCACGUUCCCGUCCGGCGCGCUGUAUGAACCUGAAUCGCCUUUAAUAAAAAGGUCACGACCUUC